AAAUAAGUGAGGCGAUCAAUCGACGUUGGCGGGUCUUGUGGUUGUGGAAGCCCAGGAGAUGAGGAGGGCAGUGGAUUCGGAGGUUGCGCUGAUUCGAAAUGCGAAAUGCGUGCAGCCGCCGUCUUGUUCCCUUUGGUUGGGGCUCGUUGUGCGGUGCGUUGCUUUGCGGUGCUUUGCGUUGCGCCACUCUUUGGCCGGGUGCUUUGUGCGUGUGGUGUGCUGUGUAUGCUAUGCGGAUGCAGUAGCAAUAGGAGCAGCGAUAGAGAAGGUAAAGCAGGGCAGCUGGAGGAACAAGCAGCAGCAGAGACGUGGGUUGUGAGUGGAAGGAUGCGCAGGCGAAGUUUGGGUCGUGGGCGGCUAUUCUCCAAGGGAGAGAGAGAGAGAGAGAGAGAGAGAGAGAGAGAAAGGUUGUUCGGGUUCGAGCAGAUUAGAGACGGCGGGUUUGAGGUUCCAGAAAGACGCAAAAAAUGGCCACCAAAAAGAGAAAGGUGAGGUUGAGAUUGGAGCGUCCAGACAACGGCUGAACUGGAGAUCAAGUGGAUAUCUGACAGAGUUCACAACUGCGAGUAUUCGUCGC